AUGUCGCCAACGCUUUCCCCCACCUCUCACACUUUCCCCCACCGUCGCCCUAGCUUUCCGCCACCGUCGCUCACGCUUCCCCUUACCGCUGCUCACGCUCCCUCCUGCCUUCCCCCACCUUUCCCCACACCGUCGCUCGCGCCCUCCCCCACCUUCCCCCACCUUCCCUCACGCUUCCCCGCACAUCGCCCACGCUUCCUCCCACCGUCGCCCACGCUUCCUCCCACCGUCGCCCACGCUUCCUCCCACCGUCGCCCACGCUUCCUCCCACCGUCGCCCACGCUUCCUCCCACCGUCGCCCACGCUUUCCCCCACCGUCGCCCACGCUUCCUCCCACCGUCGCCCACGCUUUCCCCCACCGUCGCCCACGCUUCCUCUCACCGUCGCCCACGCUUUCCCCCACCGUCGCCCACGCUUCCUCCCACCGUCGCCCACGCUUUCCCCCACCGUCGCCCACGCUUCCUCCCACCGUCGCCCACGCCUCCUCCCACCGUCGCCCACGCUUCCUCCCACCGUCGCCCAUGGCAGGUGGUGGUGCAGCUGUGGAGCAGAGUGUUGGGCGCACAGCCAGGGCAGCGCGUGCAGGCGGGCAGCAAGGAGUGCAGUGCUGCAGGGGGCGGGUUAGGGGAUGCGGAGCGGGGGAGGCGGGGUCGUCCUCCUCUCCCUCUUUCUUCCACCCUUCCUCCAUCUAUCCCACACUCUCUGCCUCACUACCCUCUUUCCCCUUUCUGUUGCCCGUUCUCCCUCCCUUCCUCCCGCCCUCGCUUCCUGCCAUUCUCCCCCUCCUCAUCCUCCCUUGAUCCAGUCCCCCACUUCCUUUCCAUCUCCCACUCGCCCACUCCCUUCCUCACGCCAACCCUGAUCCUCUGUUCCACCCAUCAUCUGCCCAUCAUCUCAUCCGCCCAUCAUCUCAUCCGCCCAUCAUCUCAUCUGCCCAUCAUCUCAUCCGCCCAUCAUCUCAUCCGCCCAUCAUCUCAUCCGCCCAUCAUCUCAUCCGCCCAUCAUCUCAUCCGCCCAUCGUCUCAUCCGCCCAUCAUCUCAUCCGCCCAUCAUCUCAUCUUGCCCAUCAUCUCAUCCGCCCAUCAUCUCAUCCGCCCAUCAUCUCAUCCGCCCAUCAUCUCAUCCGCCCAUCAUCUCAUCCGCCCAUCAUCUCAUCCGCCCAUCCUCUCAUCCGCCCAUCCUCUCAUCCGCCCAUCAUCUCAUCCGCCCAUCAUCUCAUCCGCCCAUCAUCUCAUCCGCCCAUCAUCUCAUCCGCCCAUCAUCUCAUCCGCCCAUCAUCUCAUCCGCCCAUCAUCUCAUCCGCCCAUCAUCUCAUCUGCCCAUCAUCUCAUCCGCCCAUCAUCUCAUCCGUCCAUCAUCUCAUCCGCCCAUCAUCUCAUCCGCCCAUCAUCUCAUCCGCCCAUCAUCUCAUCCGCCCAUCAUCUCAUCUUGCCCAUCAUCUCAUCCGCCCAUCAUCUCAUCCGCCCAUCAUCUCAUCCGCCCAUCAUCUCAUCCGCCCAUCAUCUCAUCCGCCCAUCAUCUCAUCCGCCCAUCAUCUCAUCCGCCCAUCCUCUCAUCCGCCCAUCCUCUCAUCCGCCCAUCAUCUCAUCCGCCCAUCAUCUCAUCCGCCCAUCAUCUCAUCCGCCCAUCAUCUCAUCCGCUCAUCAUCUCAUCCGCCCAUCAUCUCAUCCGCCCAUCAUCUCAUCCGCCCAUCAUCUCAUCCGCCCAUCAUCUCAUCUGCCCAUCCUCUCAUCCGCCCAUCAUCUCAUCCGCCCAUCAUCUCAUCCGCCCAUCAUCUCAUCCGCCCAUCAUCUCAUCCGCUCAUCAUCUCAUCCGCCCAUCAUCUCAUCCGCCCAUCCUCUUAUCCGCCCAUCAUCUCAUCCGCCCAUCAUCUCAUCCGCUCCUCCUCUCAUCCUCCUUUCCUCUCAUCCCCCUAUCCUCUCAUCCCCCUUCCUCUCAUUCGGCCUUCAUCCUCCCACCGUCGCCCACGCUUCCCCAUAA